GUUUCUCCCAGCUGAGCCAGCGAGUAUAAAUAGAGCUGAGCCGCACAGAGAGAGGCAGAUAGUAAAACUCCCAGAGAGAAGACAGAGCUCAGCUCAUAGAGGAGAACACACCGCGUUCCUGAUACAGCACAGAGAAGACGUAUCUUCUACACAGCAAAGGAGAACCCGCUUCAUCUACUGACCCCAGAGAAGACAUUCUAUAGAGAUCUACCCAUCCACCAGCAAGAUGUCUCCUAAAGACAUUGCAAUUGGCAUUGAUCUGGGCACAACCUAUUCCUGCGUUGGCGUCUUCCAGCAUGGCAAGGUGGAGAUCAUCGCUAAUGACCAGGGUAACCGCACCACCCCAAGCUAUGUGGCCUUCACCGACACAGAGAGAUUGAUCGGAGAUGCAGCCAAGAACCAGGUGGCCAUGAACCCGCAGAACACGGUCUUUGAUGCCAAGAGACUGAUUGGCAGGAAGUUUGAUGACCCCGUGGUGCAGUCUGAUAUGAAGCACUGGCCAUUCCAGGUGGUGAGUGACUGUGGGAAGCCCAAGAUGAUGGUGGAAUAUAAAGGAGAAGAGAAGACCUUCGCACCUGAGGAAAUUUCCUCCAUGGUCUUGUUGAAGAUGAAAGAAACAGCUGAGGCGUACCUGGGUCACCCUGUGAGAAACGCUGUGAUCACUGUGCCAGCCUAUUUCAACGACUCCCAGCGCCAAGCCACUAAAGAUGCCGGGGUCAUCGCUGGUUUAAAUGUUCUGAGAAUCAUUAAUGAGCCCACAGCUGCUGCCAUCGCUUAUGGCUUGGAUAAAGGAAGCCGAGGUGAACACAACGUCCUGAUCUUUGACCUGGGAGGUGGCACAUUUGACGUCUCCAUCCUCACUAUUGAUGACGGGGUCUUUGAGGUGAAGGCUACAGCAGGCAACACCCAUCUGGGUGGAGAAGACUUUGACAACCGAAUGGUGAACCACUUUGUGGAAGAAUUCAAGCGCAAGCACAAGAAGGACAUCCGCCAGAAUAAGAGAGCUCUGAGGAGGCUCAGAACAGCUUGUGAGAGAGCCAAGCGCACCCUGUCCUCCAGCACCCAGGCCAGCAUUGAGAUUGACUCUCUGUAUGAGGGCAUUGACUUCUACACUUCCAUCACCAGGGCUCGCUUUGAGGAACUCUGUUCAGACCUCUUCAGGGGAACCCUUGACCCCGUUGAGAAGGCCCUGAGAGAUUCCAAGCUGGACAAGUCUCAGAUUCAUGACAUUGUUCUAGUCGGAGGCUCUACACGUAUUCCCAAGGUGCAGAAACUCCUUCAAGACUUUUUCAAUGGGAAGGAGCUAAACAAGAGCAUCAACCCUGAUGAAGCUGUCGCCUAUGGAGCUGCUGUACAAGCUGCCAUCCUGACGGGUGACAAGUCUGAGAAGGUCCAGGAUCUGCUCCUGCUGGAUGUGAAGCCGCUCUCUCUUGGUCUAGAAACAGCCGGAGGGGUGAUGACUGUACUCAUCAAACGCAACACCACCAUCCCCACCAAGCAGACACAGAUCUUCAGCACCUACUCUGACAACCAGCCAGGUGUCCUCAUCCAGGUCCUCGAGGGUGAGAGAGCAAUGACAAAGGACAACAACCUCCUGGGCAAGUUUGAACUGACUGGCAUUCCUCCAGCUCCACGUGGAGUGCCACAAAUUGAAGUCACCUUUGACAUUGAUGCCAACGGAAUCCUCAAUGUGUCUGCUGUGGACAAAAGUUCAGGAAAGCAGAACAAAAUCACCAUCACCAAUGACAAGGGCAGACUGAGCAAAGAGGAAAUAGAGAAGAUGGUGCAGGAGGCAGAAAGGUACAAGGGAGACGAUGAUGUCCAGAGGGAGAGGGUUGCUGCUAAGAACUCUCUGGAGUCCUAUGUCUUCAAUCUGAAGAGCACAGUGGAGGAUGAGAAUAUCAAGGAGAAAAUGAGUGCAUCAGAUAAGAAGGCCAUUGUGGAGAAGUGUAAUGAGGUCCUGUCAUGGCUGGACAAGAACCAGCUGGCUGAGAAAGAGGAGUACAUCCACCAGCAGAAGGAGCUGGAGAGGGCAUGUAACCCUAUCAUCUCCAGAUUGUACCAAGGGGCAGCAGGUGGUGGGAUGCCAGGAGCCAGCUGCAGUACUCAGGCCAGACAGGGCUGCAACCCCGGACCUACCAUUGAGGAGGUGGAUUAAGGACUUCAUGGUGCUUACUCCAGAAGGACUUGUAUGUGAACUUUGAGAAUGGUCAUCAUUGCAGAGUUAGAUUAUGGACAGUAUAACAUUGGAAAUAUAAGGACUUACAUGUGAUCAUAUUGGACUGAGCAGCACUGAAGAAAAAGGACUGAAUGUAGUACUUAAAAAGACAUAAGCAGUGGAUAACGAGGGAGAGUGUUUUUUGCAGGUCAUCAAACACGUCAAGCAAAAUAUAUUUUACAAUUUUAGGAAAAAAGUUUUUUCUAUGUUUUUAUGUCUGUUGUAUA